AUGGGCAAUCAGGUAUCUAGGCCUGAUAGGAAAGGAGUAGCGAUGCCACAACAUGCCCUAAUGAAAAUUGCUCGCAAACCUCAACGAGCUCAAGAUACAGCCAAUAAGUUACCACAUGCGAUACCACGAAGACAUUGCUAUCUAAAAUUAUUACGAAUGAGUCGUAUAAAAGACUAUUUAUUGUUGGAAAAAGAAUUUAUUCAACGUCAAGGGAAAAGUGGAUCAAACAGUGAACAACAGAAGAAAGAACGCAAAACUAUAAAUGCAUUACGUGGCUCACCGAUUGCACUUGCUCGAAUUCAUGAGCUUUUCCUGGAUGAAAAGCAUGCUGUAGUGGUUAUUGAAGGUAACAAACGAGAGUGGUAUAUACCAGUAUUGUCAAUUGUUGACAAGGAUUUGAUCCGGAUUGGUGCUUUGGUUAUGGUAAAAGCUCAAGGAUCUCUGAAGAAUGUUCCCAUUGCAGUGGUUGGGGUAUUGCACGAUAGCAUUGAUGCAUCUAACUCGAUCAUCAAUAAACUUGAAAAAGCACCCAAAGAAUCUUUCGAUGAUAUUGGAGGACUGGAAGAGCAGAUUCAGGAAAUUAAAGAAACUGUUGAACUACCGCUUGUUCAUCCGGAAUAUUAUGAAGAAAUGGGCAUUACACCCCCAAAAGGUGUCAUUUUGUACGGCGAGCCUGGAACAGGGAAAACUUUAUUAGCUAAAGCGGUAGCACACAGUACAUCGGCAACAUUUAUCCGAGUUACCGGUGCUGAUCUGAUUCAGAAAAACAGUGGUGAUGGCUCCAAAUUAGUACGAGAACUAUUUCGGAUAGCUAGGGAAUCAGUUCCAUGCAUCAUAUUUAUCGAUGAAAUUGAUGCAGUUGGCACGAAACGAUACGAUACGACUUGUGGUGGUGAGCGAGAAGUUCAGCGAACAAUGCUAGAACUGUUAAAUCAGCUUGAUGGAUUCGAAAGCCGCGGUGAUGUCAAGGUAAUAAUGGCAACAAAUAGGAUUGAUGUGUUGGAUCCGGCGCUUAUCCGGCCAGGCCGAAUUGAUCGUAAAAUAGAAUUACCGAAACCAAAUGAAAAAACAAAGCUCAAAAUUUUUCAAAUACACACAGCAGGGAUGAAAAUUGCGACUAACGUUAGGUUCGAAAAAUAUGCCUCAGAAUUAUCACUUUCCGGAGCUGAUUGUAAGGCAAUCUGUACAGAGGCGGGAAUGCUUGCGCUUCGUGCGCAAAGAAAGUUUGUGUGUCUGGAAGAUUUCGAUAAAGCUAUGGAACGAGUUAUUAUGCAGAAGAAAAGUGAAGCACCAGAGGAAUUUUUCAUGUGA